CCACGGAUGGACCUCGGCACCAGCACGCAUCGCAACAUCUUCUGUGGGGACCGCCAUGUGGAUUUACAAGGCUCUGCUCUGCACCGCCCUUAUACUGUACUCAGAAAGCAGGAGGAAUUCUCUGCAGGACUACCAGAAGCGGGACGGGGUGCGACUGGUCAGGCUGGACAGGAGCCACCGGACCAAGAGCGCCAACGUCAGCGUGGCUCAGUGCGCCCGCCGCUGCAGCAGCAAUAGGAAGAUACCCUUCACCUGCAGAGCGUUCCUCUUCGACCAGAAGAACAAGAAAUGCCACUGGCUCUCGUUCGUCAGUCACACUCGGGGAAUCCGGACUGACCACAACUUCGACUAUGACCUUUAUGAGAAGAAAGAUUAUGUAAGAAAAUGCAUCAUCGGUACCGGGCGGAACUACAAGGGCACCGCAUCUGUGACAAAAACCAAUAUCCGGUGCCAGGCGUGGGAUUCCAAUAUGCCCCAUGAUCACAAGUUCCUGCCAAAGAGAAAUAGGAAGAAGGAUCUCCAGGAGAACUACUGCCGCAAUCCCGACAACGAGACCACGGGCCCCUGGUGCUUCACGAUGAACCCCGAAAUCCGGCACCAGUCGUGCGGCAUCCCGCAGUGCUCCGAGGUGGAAUGUCUGACUUGUAACGGUGAAGGCUACAGGGGGCCCAUGGACCACAGCGAGACAGGAAAGGAGUGCCAGCGCUGGGAUCUCAUGGAGCCGCACAAGCACCCUUUCCACCCGAAACGAUACCCCGACAAAGGCCUGAACGACAACUUCUGCCGCAACCCUGACAACCGCCUGCGUCCCUGGUGCUACACGCUGGACCCCAACACUCCCUGGGAGUACUGCAACAUCACAGCCUGUGAAGUGGAUACGGAGACCGAUGUGGGCGUGACGACAAAAUGCUUCCACAGCCAGGGCGAGAAGUACCGUGGGACGGUGGAUGUGACCCCAAGCGGGAUCAAGUGCCAGCGCUGGGACUCCCAGUUUCCCCACAACCACUCCUACAGCCCGCAGAACUACAAGUGCAAAGAUCUGAGGGAGAACUUCUGCAGGAACCCCAACGGGGCAGAUCUCCCAUGGUGCUUCACCAUGGACCCCAACGUGCGAUGGGCCUUCUGCACCAACAUCCCCAGAUGUGGCACUGAGACGGUCAGCACUGAAGACUGUUACGAGGACAAUGGUCAAAAAUACAGGGGUCAACUGUCCAAGACUCGAUCAGGCGUUCAGUGUGGGCAUUGGGAGGACCAUGCAAAAAGCUGGGACCGAAAUUCAACAGCCGCGGCAGCCGGACUGGAGAGGAAUUACUGCAGGAACCCGGAUGGGGACAAACACGGGCCCUGGUGCUACACCAACAGCUCCUCGCUCCCCUGGGAUUACUGCAUGAUCAAGCCCUGUAAAGUGUCCCAAGAUGUUGGCAAACCAAAAAGCGAAACGUCAAGGGUGUCCUGUUUUAUUCAUAUAAAAACAAGGAUCAUCGGGGGAGACCAGGUCAGAGCGAGAGAAGGCAGUUGGAUGGUUAGCAUAAAAAAAGGCGACAACCACUGGUGCGGCGGUUCGCUGAUCCGAGAGGACUGGGUGCUGACGGACCGGCAGUGCUUCUCGUCCUGCGUUCCUGAUCUGGCUAAGUACAGUGCGUGGAUGGGCUUCCUCCGCCUCAACGACUCAGACGGCAGCACAUCCACCAAGCAGGAGCUGAGAAUCUCCCAUGUCAUCUGUGGACCAGAAGGUUCCAACCUGGCCCUGUUGAAGCUCUCCCAACCUGCAAUCCUGUCUGAGCACGUGCAAAGGAUACAACUCCCAGUGGCCGGCUGUACCAUGAAGGAAGGCACCAACUGCACCGUGUACGGAUGGGGGGAAACUAAAGGCACUGGACACGAAGGGGUAAUGAAGGCAGUGCUGCUCCCCAUAGUCAGCAAUGAAAAAUGCCACAAGUACCAUGGAAGGAAGCUUUCGAUAACAGAGACCAAAAUUUGUGCCGGGGGCAUAAAGAAUGAGGGGGUAUGCGAGAGAGACUACGGAGGACCUCUGGUGUGUCAGGAGGGCGAGAGUAAGGUCAUACUGGGGGUCAGCAUCCACGGCAGAGGCUGCGCUCGCGCCAACCGACCAGCCAUCUUUGUUAAUGUACCCUUCUACACCGACUGGAUCCACAAGGUUUUCAGAUACUAUUCCAACCUGGAGAACAACUACUACAUAUACAAUUACUAUAAGGACACAUGAAAUGCCUUUUCCAGACCAUUGAUUAAAUGGCCAAAUUGAAAAAUGAUAAUGACAUCUGUGAUGUUAGUGACUUGCGCCAAAAAUCCCAAAUUUGGGGAUUGGUCUUUUUCUCUCUUUUUUUUCCUUUUUUUUUUUUUUUUUUUUUAAUAUAAACAGUCUUUUAAUUUAUUUUUUUUAAUACUUCAAGAGACACUUUCACCAUAAG